AUGGACAGAGGACACUGUUCCCCAUGGUAUACUCAGAAAGUGGAGAUUAGAGCAGAAGUAGAGGAGGUGAAGGAAGGUCCUACUGUCCCCUCUGCCCAGAGGAAGCAAAUGUCCAACAGCAGCUCCUUCAACGAGUUCCUCCUCCUGCGGUUUGCAGAGACACAGGAGCUGCAGCUCUUGCACUUCUCGCUCUUCCUGGGCAUCUACCUGGCUGCCCUCCUGGGCAACGGCCUCAUCAUCACAGCCGUAGCCUGCGACCACCGCCUCCACACCCCCAUGUACUUCUUCCUCCUCAACCUCUCUGUCCUGGACCUUGGCACCAUCUCCACCACUGUCCCCAUAUCCAUGGCCAAUUCCCUGAAGAACACCAGGGCCAUUUCCUACUCAGGAUGUGCUGCCCAAGUCUUUUUCUUUGUCUUCUUUAUGUCAACAGAAUAUUUCCUUCUCACUGCCAUGGCUUAUGACCGCUUCAUUGCCAUCUGCAGACCCCUGCACUACGGCAUCAUCAUGGGCAGCAGAGCCUGUGUCAAAAUGGCAGCAGCUGCCUGGGCCAGUGGUUUUCUCCAUGCUCUGCUGCACACUGGGAACACAUUUUCAAUACCACUCUGCCAAGGCAACACAGUGGACCAGUUCUUCUGUGAGAUUCCUCAGAUCCUCAAGCUCUCCUGCUCAGGUGCCUAUCUCAGGGAAGUUGGGGUUCUUGUGGUUAGUGGCUCUUUAGCCUUUGGGUGUUUUGUUUUCAUUGUGGUGUCCUACGUGCAGAUCUUCACUGCUGUGCUGAGGAUCCCCUCUGAGCAGGGCCGGCACAAAGCCUUUUCCAUGUGCCUCCCGCACCUGGCCGUGGUCUCCCUGUUUGUCAGCACUGCAACGUUUGCCUACCUGAAGCCCCCCUCCCUCUCCUCCCCAUCUCUGGAUCUGGUGGUGGCUGUUCUGUACGGGGUGGUGCCUCCAGCAGUGAACCCCCUCAUCUACAGCAUGAGGAACAAGGAGCUCAAGGAUGCACUGAAGAAACUGAUUCAAGAGGUACUAGCUCAGCAGCAAUGA